UUUGCAGUGUUUUCAAGCCUGGCCUGUAAACAGUCUUAGGAUCCAAUGUUCAAAACGUCCUUAACUUGCUGGUACAUGCCCAGUUUGGUGGGUGGUCGCAUCCCACAUGGAUGGGACCCUGAAAGGCCCGACACCUUUUUCUUCUCCCUCCACAGCAAACCGCAGAGCCGAGCUGACUGUGAUGGAAAGCGGAGAGCAGAGGGCUGACAGCAGACUGGACUCCUCCAGGUGGACAGUGUGGAUCAUAGAGUACGUCUGGGCCCACGGGAUGAUGGAUAUACAGGAAGUUGUGGACCCUUCCAGUUUGCCAGAGGUGGAGUCCCAGCCUCUGGGCCUUGAAGAUACAUGGAGGCUGCAUGUUGCCUCUACCCAGGUGUAUUCCAUUGUGAAGAAGAGGGACAUGGAACGCUUUGAAAGAGUGAUUUGCUUUCUGGAAGCCACUUACAGGCUGCUGCCCAGGCUGGUGGCCACCAUCAAACACAUGAAGAUCAUGUUUGGCCUCAAGACCAUGGUUGUGAUGUGGAUGCUCAGGGAGGGCCGAGGACACCAUGUUGAAAAUCAACCAGUUCUUCCCAAAUAAACUACCCCAGUACCAAGAUCAGUGUGGUCAACAUGAAAUGUUCCUCAUGAGGAAGAACCAUCUGGACUUAAGGCCCUGACACUAGAUCUCGCUGUGAACAAGGCCAGACUUGAAGAUUAUGUUAAGGAUGGAGAGCAAGUCUUACUUGGUUCAGAUGAAGGGAAACGGACACCACGGCAAAACCGGUGUCAGUGGCACAAGCCUGAACGGGACCGGAGGCGCUGGGAAGGGAGUGCACGAUGGUAAACUCCAUGUCAGUGUAAAUGGGAGUUUGUACCCAGCCAAAGUGAAGAGCCGCCGACAGAGGUGGGAAGUAAAGCCUUCAGAGAUGGCCAACAACACGUUCAAUCCCAUAAGGGCCAUCGUGGACGGCAUGAAGCUCACCCCCAACAAGGAUAAACCCAUGAUCGCACUGUCCAUAGGGGACCCCACUGUGUUUGGAAACAUGCCCACAGAUGGUGCCGUGCUUCAGGCCAUGAAAGAUGCUAUAGACUCUCAAAAGUACAACGGCUACGCUCCUUCUGUUGGUUACCGGGAGAGCCGACAGGCAGUGGCCAACUUCUACAGUUGCCCCGAGGCUCCGCUAGAGGCAGAGGAUGUGAUUUUGACCAGUGGCUGCAGCCAGGCCAUUGACCUGGCUAUCAGUGUCCUGUGCAAUCCAGGGGACAACAUCCUGGUCCCGUGCCCAGGCUUCUCCUUAUAUAAAACUCUGGCUGUGUCCAUGGGCAUCGAGGUCAAACUCUACAACCUGCUGCCAGAGAAGUCUUGGGAGGUUGACCUCCACCACAUGGAGAGCCUGAUUGAUGAGAGGACAUCCUGCCUGAUUGUUACCAAUCCAUCCAACCCAUGUGGCUCUGUCUUCAGCAAGGAACACUUACAGAAGAUCCUCAAAGUGGCCUUCAGACACUGUGUUCCCAUUCUGGCUGAUGAAAUCUACACUGAUAUGGUUUUCCCUGGGUUCCACUGUCCUUCCAUGGCAUCUAUCAGCAGUGAUGUUCCCAUCCUUUCCUGCGGUGGCUUGGCUAAAUGCUGGCUGGUCCCUGGUUGGAGGAUGGGAUGGCUCCUCAUCCAUGACAGGAAUGAUAUAUUUGGAUCUGAGAUUCGACAGGGUUUGGUGAAACUGAGUCAGCGCAUUCUGGGAGCAUGCACCAUUGUCCAGGGGGCGCUGGAGAGCAUCCUCAAUAACACACCUCAGAGCUUCUACAACAGCACCAUCAGUUUCCUGAAGUCCAACUCAGAGAUUUGCUUCAAAGCGCUGUCCAGCGUCCCCGGCCUGAACCCUGUGAUGCCUUCAGGAGCAAUGUAUCUCAUGGUGGGAAUCGACAUGGAUCACUUUCCAGAUUUUAAGAAUGACGUGGACUUUACCGAAUGGCUGGUGACUGAGCAGUCUGUCUUCUGUCUGCCUGCCUCGGCGUUUGAAUAUCCUAACUUCUUCCGCAUCGUGGUGACGGUGACGGAGGAGAUGAUGGUGGAGGCUUGUGGCCGGAUCAGGGAGUUUUGCCAGCACCACUAUCGGCCAAGUAGCUGCAACAGCAAUGAUCUGGACCAGUGAUAGAGCAGAGCUGGACCAGUCCAACAGAAUGGGAGUCCAAAGCGUAGAGGAUGUAAGAACUGUCCUCUGGCUACAUAUACUGAACUGGAACUAGCUUUGAGAUUUUAUUCCACCAUGUUCUGCAAUUAGAGAUGUAGAAAUGUGACAUCAAAAAAGUCUUAACAUUGUCGUCACCAUGGCCACAAAAACUUGUAGUGUAAUUUUUAUGUAAACCAUAUGAAAUGAGCAGACAUAAUAUUUAUAUUUUAUACAGGCAACAUAUAUUAAUCUCUACUUCUCUUUGUGUAUUUAUAUCAUUUGUCUAGUGCUGUGUUUGCCUAUGUAAUGUAAUCUCUUUGCUAUAAGAGCACAGUGCACACACCAGCUCGGCCUUUUGCUGUGAAGCUUUGAUACUGUUUGUGCCUGCUCUUUAUUUUUUAUCCACAGUUAGAGAAAGUAUAUAUCUGUAUAUCCAUUGUGUUUUGAUAGUCUUCUGCAAACUUUGCAGUUUGUGCCUGCUCUUUAUUUUUUAUCCACAGUUAGAGAAAAUAUAUAUCUGUAUAUCCAUUGUGUUUUGAUAGUCUUCUGCAAACUUUGCAUGUGCUAGACUCAGUCCAGUGUUAGAUGCAUGGAUGUGGUUUUUAUCAGAACUUUGUAUAUUGUUCGUAUGUUAAGCCACUUUCACAUACCCACCUCUCCCCAGGAGUUUGCUGGCUAUUUCAUGUCUAGGCAUCAUGUCUGAACAAAUCCUUGUGUUGUGCAGCCAACAAAGUGCAGCUGUAUCGGGUCAGACUCGGUCAAAUAGCCAGUUACGUUCUGGAUUGAACUGGUCCAAUUGCCUUUAAAGAUCUUCCCCAAUUGGUUAAUUGUUCUAAAGAUAAGUAAAGUGUUUUGUCUUUUGUUUGAAGUCUGGUCACAUGUAAAGUUAUAAUCUCAUAUAUCUCACAUGAGGGAAAGUAAAUGAGUGUCCUAGCAUUAGAUCAUUUGGUCUCAUAAAAGACGUAAAAUUCAUCACAUGAAUGAUUAACCACUGAGGGUUGUCUUCCAAAUUUAGUAGGACAUUUGAUACCCAUUUGUUCUGGGACUGAACCCGAUGCCGCUAACAGAGCAUUGCCGCUAACAGAGUGUUGCCAGGACUAAAGAAUAGACCUGAUGCCGCUAAAAGAGCGUUGUUGUAAACGAAGUCACUGAAUAGUGACGUUUGGCCACAGUUAAAAUUAUUAAUAAGGACACAGGGACAUGUUUAUUGUUUUUCACAUUUUUUUCACAUUACUGUGGGGUGGUUUUCCUACUUGAACGAGAUUUUCGACUGUCUUGAGAAACAGCGUAUCAAGCAGCGUCCUGUUUGAGAAUUCCUGUACUCAUACAGCUCUCAAAUAGUUCUGUCUUGGGGGCAUUGGAAUAACUGUUUGGGAUUAUAGAAUUACGGCAUUGCAAUUUUGGUGUCUAAAACAAGUGAUUUGACUGGGAUAUCCUCAACAGCCAAGUGUGCAGAAUCUCUGUGUAGAAGCUUCUUGGCUGGGUCCUCACAUUGGGCGCUGUGCCAUUCACCAAAUUUGUUAAUACAGUGCCUUGCGAAAGUAUUCGGCCCCCUUGAACUUUGCGACCUUUUGCCACA